CCAAUCUAUCCUGAUAUAUGUAGAUAUAUGAAAGUCCGACAUUUCCCGAGCCUGCAUUUGUCUUCAGGCAUAGUGCUAGUAUUUCACUGAUCAUGCGCGUUUCACACCCAAGUUAUAUCUGCGGAUAUGUGAUUCGGAACCCCUAGAAAUCAUCGAUCAACUUGGUCGCAUGGCUGAUAUGUAAAUUAAAGCGCUGAACAUAGGGACGUGCCCCAGUCCGCAGUAUAAAGUUUAUACUCAUCCUGUAUUUGGUGUGCUCAUACCUGCACUUGACUGGAUCCGAUGGCAACCGCUCUUAUCAACGUCCUUCUUGCCCACAAUGUUUAUUCAGCGCCCAUCCCCCCUCACAAUACGACUUGUUUCCUGCAGAAUGUAUCUGAUGGUUGCAACGAUCUCCGGAAUUGCCGAACGAUGUGGGGCAUCGUCUAUAGCUGUCUCCUUACUGUGUCUGCUUGCAUUUGGACGGCAGUGCACCCAGAUCUACCAGAGCCCGAUGUCGGUAUCUGGUCGAUUACAUCGCGCGUUGGCUUGAUGAUGGUUUCGCUAGUUUCACCGGAGGCUAUUCUGGCAUUUGCGUGGCACCAAUCCUUGUUAUCUUGGAGAAUAUCCAAAAAAUGCAAGAUGGUGAAAGGGUGGACCUCAACGCAUUCGUACUUUGUCGUUAUGGAUGGUUUCUUCGACCCAUCAGAAGGAAGGGCAGUGCGCCUAGAUGACUUGCAGCGAUACCCCGGCAUAAUUAAGAAGACCGGAAAUACUAGAAGGGCCGCAAUAACAAAGAAAGAAAUUCUUGACAGAAGCAAAGGGGACCCCUUUUCAUUAUCGCAACUCGAGACAAUGACGCUCGCAUAUGCGGCAUUAAGUGUCUUUGUGAUUGUGUUGUGGUGGCAUAAACCCGUUAACAUUCGACUCCCAAUCCAUGUGACGGAACAGUCCCCUCCGAUUUCCGAGACAAAUGCCAAUCAACCAACACCUAAAAUGGAGACUGAUGCAAAUCCGAUGUCCCUCGUGCAAGUGUCUGAGCCUGAGACCAUGGAAGUCAUAUCCAUCUUUAUAGCCACUGGGAUCAUCUUUGGUGGAAUCCAUUGCCUUGCAUGGUCGUUCCCCUUUCCGACACUCACGGAGAUGAUUCUAUGGCGGGUUUCAGCAAUAUAUAUCACAGUGGCUCCUGCCUUUGUAAUGUUGGCCGGAUGGGUAACUAAACGUGUUAAGGGCGAUCUUGGUUUCAAUACGGGACUGCUCAUUUCAGUUGUUUAUUCCGUUGCACGGGUUAUCCUGCUUGCUCUCACCUUCAGUUCUUUGCGUUCACCUCCGCCUGAUCUGUACCAAACCCCAUCUUGGUCAUCAUUCCUCCCGCAUUUUGGGUUAUUGCGAUGGAAUUAUCUCCACAUAAUAGUCCCUGGAAGGCUGGAGACAGAACGGGGACAAGAGGCGGAAGAGAAUCAUUCUAUGGCAAUUGGUUCGAGGACGAAAUACAUUCGAGAUCGCGCUUUGCCCAUACUUGGUAUUGCCAACAAUGGCCAGAAUAAUUCAAAUGAUAGCCAGUUCUUCAUCACCUUAGAUCGUGCGGAUGAAUUCCAGAGAAAACACACAUUAUUCGGAACAAUUGUCGGAAACACGGUCUUCAACGUUCUCAAAAUUGGGGAGUGCGAUACGGAUUUGAUGACAUUGUACCCCGCACAGCGGCAGCGGAGAAUCGAGCGCACCAGCUGGCCAGAGAGGAGGCGCGAAAGUGCGGGAGGAGGCUGCGAGGCGAAAGAGCGCAACAAGGCAAGUUGCUAUACUCCGAAUGAGCUCAUUUGA